GCAAGAUGAGCACAUAAUUGGCUCUUUCAGUUCCCUUAAACACUAGACAUUUCUCUUUACGUGCUCCAAGUUGCAGACAGUAAUUUACACAAACUCGUGAUCUUUUUAGCAGCACAUCAGCAACAUACCAACAUGAAUUGCCUGUUGUAUUGCUCAGAAAUCCUGGGUGUUUUGCUGUUUAUCCCCUGGUCUGCAUAUGCUGAAAAAACUGUAAAUUCAUCAGUCACCACUGUUGAGGGUAACUCAUCAACUGUCAACACAAUGAACCCUGGGAAAGGAGAAAUCAUCUCUAUGACGAGAACCACUUCAGUUUCACCUACACCACAGAUCACCCAAACCACUGCCCCCCCAUCACCACAGUUCUUGAAGAAGGAAUGUCUCCAAGUGACGCUGGUGUGUGGUGGGCUGAUUCUAGUCUCCACUUUCCUCCUGAUAAUAACUUUGCUGUUGACGUGGAAGAUCUGCCAGUUGCGCAGAUGCCUCAAGAUGAUGAGCAGCAACACUGAGUUCUGGGUGGAAACAGACAAGAAGAACCAAAGUGAGCCACAAACAGAAACCAAGGAGACCACAGUGUUAAUGGCGGAUUUAAGUCAAACAAAUCAGGAGAUGAAGAAUGGUUCUGCUAUGGAGGAUGUAGGGAAGGCUGAUGACGAUGGACAAACAGAAGAGAAGAAGGAGGCGGAAGAAACUCCAAACACCGAAGAGGCUUCAGCUGCUGUUGAAGCUUCAUCCCCCUCAAACCCACAAGAAGAGGCUGGCAGUUCUCAGCCUACUGCAGCUGUUGCGGCCUCCUCCUCUGAGGUCACAGAGGAACCAAAGGAUGUGCCAUAGAGCUUCAAAUGUGAAACCAGAAAAAAUCUUUUGCAACUACUUUUACCUCCGUGUGGCUUUACAACCCUUAACCUGUCAAUAUAGUUUUAAUAUUUUCCAGCAGCUUUUAAUUUCCUGUUAAUCAAACUGCUCUGUUAAACCUGUCAAACUGCACACUUUCUGUAGCUUUUCUGAUUUAAAACAACUUCUUACAUGCACUGAGUUGACAUUUGUCUCUUUUGAAAAUUAAAAUACCCUGAUA